GUUGUUUCUGCCAUAAAUAAAAGUACAUCGAUUUGGUUUAACUACUUAUUUGCAUAUUUAAAGUGAAUUUAGUGUUAAAUAAAAUAAAAUGUCAUUAAAUAGUGAAGCAAGUGGCUCACAACAGGCAAAUGAAUUACUUAAAGUAGAAACAAACGGAGGCGGUGACACCCGGAAGAUCGCUUUAAUUACCGGCAUUACUGGGCAGGAUGGCUCAUAUUUGGCAGAGUUACUCUUAAAGAAGAACUAUGAAGUUCAUGGCAUUAUACGCCGUGCCAGUACUUUUAAUACCUCACGCAUUGAACAUCUUUAUGCCAACCCGGUGGCACAUCAAGGAGGCAAAAUGAAACUACACUACGGUGACAUGACAGACAGUAGCAGCUUGGUGAAAAUUAUAAGUAUGGUGAAACCAACAGAAAUCUACAAUUUAGCAGCGCAAUCACAUGUGAAAGUCUCCUUCGAUUUGAGUGAGUACACUGCCGAAGUGGAUGCGGUAGGCACGCUACGCAUCCUGGAUGCCGUACGUACGUGUGGUAUGGAGAAAACUGUACGUUUCUAUCAAGCCUCCACAUCGGAAUUGUACGGCAAAGUGGUGGAGACGCCACAAAAUGAGAAAACACCUUUUUAUCCACGUUCGCCUUACGCUUGCGCUAAAAUGUAUGGAUUUUGGAUUGUUAUCAACUAUCGUGAAGCGUAUAAUAUGUACGCCUGUAAUGGUAUACUUUUCAAUCAUGAGUCACCACGUCGUGGCGAAAAUUUCGUGACUCGCAAAAUUACCCGUUCAGUUGCGAAAAUCUAUCAUCAACAGUUGGAAUCCUUUGAGUUAGGCAAUUUGGAUUCGAAACGUGAUUGGGGUCAUGCCAUGGAUUAUGUGGAAGCCAUGUGGAUGAUGUUGCAAUGUGAGAAGCCGUCCGAUUUUGUUAUUGCCACCGGUGAAACGCACAGUGUGCGUGAAUUCGUGGAGGAGGCAUUUAAAUUUAUAGGCCGCGAAAUUGUAUGGCAGGGUGAGGGUGUCAACGAAGUGGGCAUUGAAAAGGGAACCGACAUAGUACGCGUACGUAUUAAUCCAAAGUAUUUCCGUCCAACAGAAGUCGAUUUGCUGCUAGGGGAUUCAAGUAAAGCGCGUCGCGAACUAAAUUGGACACCCAAGGUUACAUUCAAAGAGUUGAUUAAAGAUAUGAUGGAAUCCGAUAUUGAACUGAUGAAAAGGAAUCCAAUAGCUUGAAAAAAGCGAGAUUUGAAAUAAAAAUAUGUGUGAUUUUUAUAUUUGUGA